CACAGCACCAGAGUAUUUCCCAUAGUCCAACGCGUUUUAUGAAAACUGCUGCUGUUGUUGCUGAGUCAGGAGCACGAAGCUAAAAUGGCGACGUCAAUACUUUGUCCAGAUAAAGGAAGCGAGGAGUCUGGUUUUUCAUUUGAGAACUGUCGCAGGAAUGAAUUUUUGCUGCAGCAGACGUCCAGCAGCCAUUUCCCAAAGGCUAAAAAAACUGGAACAACCAUUGCUGGUAUAGUUUUUAAAGAUGGAAUUGUUUUAGGUGCAGAUACUAGAGCUACAGAAGAUACAGUUGUUGCAGAUAAAAAUUGUGCCAAAAUCCAUUACAUAGCUCCAAAUAUCUAUUGUUGCGGUGCGGGCACGGCUGCAGAUACAGAAUACACUACAAAGCUGAUAUCUGCUAAUAUUGGUCUUCACUCUUUGACCACUGGUAGACAGCCACGGGUGAUCACAGCAGCAACCAUGCUGAAGCAGAUGUUACACCGGUAUCAUGGUCACAUCAGUGCUGCCCUUGUUCUUGGUGGUGUUGAUGUCACUGGCCCGAGUUUGUACAUGAUUCACCCUCAUGGAAGCACGGCAAAGUUGCCAUUCGUCACCAUGGGAUCUGGCUCGCUUGCAGCGAUGUCGGUGUUCGAAAGCAGAUUUAAGCCUGACAUGGAGCUUGAUGAUGCAAUGAGUUUGGUUCAGGAUGGCAUUAGGGCAGGCAUUUUUAAUGAUCUGGGUUCUGGGAGUAACGUUGAUCUAUGCAUUAUAACGAAAGAGGGAACACGAUAUCUCAGGCCUUAUGAUGAGGCGAAUCAAAAGGGAGUGCGCCAGGCCUCCUAUCGAUACAAACGAGGCACUACGGCGGUAAAAAGUUCCAAGGUGACACCGUUUAAGAUAGAAGUUACAAGCACAACAGUUAGCCAAGCGAGAGAAGCCAUGGAGACAUAAGAGAGUUAAAUAUCUCUUUACUAAUCACUUUACUUCGUUUUACUGUUUCUGUGGCUAGGCCUCUUAUGCUGCAAACCUAUCUUUAGGAUUCUUAUUGACGUCUCUAGGACUCUAGCUUUGAGGAAGUAAAAAGUUAAUGUAGUACAUGUGAAAAUGAACAACAAUAAACAUUAGCUGUAUCUUUUGGCCUACACAUCUUAUAACAUUGAAAUAUCAAUAAAAGUUCAAUACAAGAUUAUGCCUUGG